AUUUUCCAAUGCAGGUUUAGGUUGCUUGAAUUCCGCCAGUUUUUAGCCUGAACCAACCGAGUCCCUUCUACUUCGAUUUUUGGAUCAUUUUCAUUUGGUGGUUCUUCUACUUCCAUCUUUUGAUCAUUUUCAUCUUCUUAGUUUUCUUUUUGACUGCGAUAGCCAGGAUUUUAAAAAAUCGAUAAAUUUUAUCAAUCUUCCGAAGAGAUCCUGCCGGAGGGAAGUGUCAGAUCAGUGUAGAAGUAAGGCGCCAACUCCCGCUCCGGCAGAUGACUCGCAAUUUCCCUGUUGAUAGUUGUUCAAUAUAAGUUUGGUGAGAUUUGAAGAGCUUGAGUCUACAAUCUAAAAUGUGUUUGCAAUGCUAUGACUACAUGUUGACAACAGCUGUUCGUGGGAGAAAUAGCUGCACCAGUGGUUUGAAAAAAUAUAUAGGUGACUGGUUCAGUUUCAGUUCUUGCAGGAGCUCAGUACUGCCUUUAUUAACUGAGAAUGUGGACACCGAGCUUUAUCAUUUUUCAAUGGGAGACAUAUUGCAUUCUUCUGGCUCCAAUAGGAACCAAGAACUGGUCGGCACCACUGCUGGAAGAAAGGCCUGCAAAGUAUCUCAGGUGGAGCAUGGGGUACUGCAUUUAGUUGGUGCAGAAAAUCCUGAAGUUACAGUUUAUAGAAGGACUACCUCCUUAGAGAAUGCCCAUGCAAAAACUGAGAUCUUGUUCUUUCCUUUUACAAGAGAACUAUCCCAAUUGUCUCAGUGGUUUGUUUGUUAUACAGUUUCCUCCAGUUGUUUGAGUCAUUUCUCAGACUUUUAUUCAGGUUCUGAAGCCAAUUAUAUGAAAAAAGUUCAAAAUUGAAGGAGAAAUCUACCAUAAGGCUCUCUCAAUGCAUCUUCAGACACUUCCAUCUUAUCUUGGUGGUGACUGCACAUGGACAAAAUGCUCAACUAUUAGUGGGGUUAACAUGCGGUGGUAUCCCUAUGCAAACAGGAUUAAGAGGACAGGGGGCAAUUGACGAUCUUAGUGAUAUUGAGGAUAUACUCUCACCAAAUGUGACUAGUCCUGACGACAUUCACAUUAAAGUAAGCUGUGACCAGGUGCUGAGAACUUCCAUUUUUUAUUGCUUUCAUUGCAGAUUUAUUUGAUCCUGAAAGUCACCCCUUUUAGCCUCUAUUAGGUAAAAGUUAAAUGGGGUCUUUUUGUUACAUUCUCGAUUUUUUCUUCUUUGAUGUGACCUAUUUGAUGAUAUUAUUAGAAUGUAGUACGGUUCUUUAGAAACUUCAUUGUCUUUUGCACUUUUUUCUUUCAGUUAUCCAUGAAAUAUUGGUUACCAUACAUUCAAUCCUGUUGAUGCAACUUGAGUUGAAGCUGUAUCUUUUAAUAAUCUAUUUUGAUAGUU